AUGAGUCUUUUCAAUUUCAAGCAACAGAAAUCAAGGGAUGCGUCCGUGGAUUCGACUGAACGAAGUGCUAUGGCACCAGUUCAACCGGCUCGGAAGUGUGGGUUUGGCUUUUCGUUACAUUAUUGAUUUUUUUGGAAUUUUUGAAAAAUUUUUUAAAACUUUGAGGUUGUUCAGUAGCUUGGCUUUGAUUUUAAAGAAGUUUAAAAAAGAUUUAAAAUUUUGACAUUUCGUUACAUUAUUGAUUUCCAAUAUUUUUCAGCCAAUGAAAAACGAAGGUCGAACAAGCGCUCCUCAAGCUCGAGCAAGUCCCAAUCUCACAGUUCGGAAAAACCGAAAAAAGCCUCAAAAAUGCUGAAGAGUAAGCCGGCCGGAUCCAAGCCUCGAAGCAGUUCCGAUCAGAAUCGAAGUUCCGAUAACAAGUCGCCAGAUCGUCGAAGCCCACACCAUAGUCCGGACCCGAAGAAGGGCGAGCGGCGACAACAAGCCGCCCGAACUCCCAGAUCAAUGAAUAGGCAUAAGGCAAAGUCGAAAAGUGGCAGUGUAAAUUUUUUUUAAUUUUCAUUUUUUAAACUUACUUUUUUUUACCCGACCCUUACUAUUAUCUUUACCCCCACCCUACCUUUACCCCUACCCCAAUCCCUACCCCUACCCUUACCUUUGCCUAUUUUUACCCUACAAUACUCAAGUCUGACGUACCUUGCUUUACAUUACGUUUCCUUUCCAUAGCCUACUGUACCCUAUCUUAUAUUAUACCUCUUUACCCUACCCAAGACUUCAAAUUUAUAAUUAUAAAACUUGUUUUAGGUACGACAAGGUGAUGUUGAAUUUCCAAAACAUAGCAAAAGAGGAUCAACUGUCAUUAAGGGUCAUGGCGAACGACAUCGUAAGGUUACUAGGGUAAGCUUUUUUUUGAAAUUAUUGUUUUUAGGUAACAUUUCAAACUUUUUUUGAAGUUUUUUUAUAAAAUUUUGAUUUUUUUUGUAAUUUUUUUUUAAUUGAAAUUUUUUUUGAAGUUUUGAGAUUUUUUAUGAAAUUUAAAAUUUGUUUUUGAAAUUUUGAAUUUUCGAUAGAAUUUACAAUUUUUUUUGAAAUUUUUAAUAAAAUUUUAAUUUUUUUUUAAUUUUGAAAUUUUUUAUAAAAUUUUAAUUUUUUUUAAAUUUUAAAAUUUUUAAAAAUUUAAUUUGGAAAACCAUGGUAAAAAAAAUUAAAAUUUUCUAGCAAAGCAACGCCCCCAAAAAAGCGAGGACAAGAAUCAGGACAGUGCCAGUAACGGGGAGACAUCCACCGAGUCCGAGACUACCAGAGCCACCCGGUCCAGUCGAAAAUUCAGAAAAGCCGGUUUAUUGUCGAUGGAGAACGAGGACGUUGGGAUUCGACGCAGGAGAUCGAAGAGGAAGCGGAAGGACAAAAAGACAAUCGACGAGAAAACAGAGAAUUCACAGGCCGAGGAGAGGACUGAGAAGGAUGCCGGGGAGGUAGGAUGGUUUACUUUGUGGUAGCGGGCUUUAUCUUACUACAAUAUGUCAUACCUUACCCUACUGUGAACUAUCAUAUCUUAAUUUGUCUUACCCUGCCCUACAAUACUCUACCUUACUGUACCCUACCGUACCCUACCCUACCUUACUCUAGCUUACCCUACUCUAAUCUACCCUAUCCUACCGUACCCUACCCUACUCUACUCUUACUCUAUGUUGGCUCCGUACAGUACUCUGACUUAUCGUACCUUACCCUGUCGUACUAUACCUUAAUUUACCUUGCCUCGCCUUACUCUACCUUAGCUGAAAUGACCCUGCUCUAUCCUACUCAUAGCUCUGCUCUUGCCUUGCCUUUGGUCUACCUUAUAAUUGCUCUGGCAUUACUAUGUGUUACUGUAGAGUUGCCAGCUUUACAAUAGCCUUGGUAUAACCAUAUCAUAGCCAAAAAUAGUUCAGUCUAUCUCUGUCUUUUUCUUAGCCUAACCAUUUCUUCUUUAUCUUUUGUUCAACCUAACCAUACCCUUACUGUUUUUUUAUAGUCCUACCUAAUCUUUAGCCUAAUUUCGUUUUAGUUAGAGUCUAGCCUUACUAUAGCCUGGUCGAUUUAUGAACUUAUAUUAUCAUCAAUUUAUGAACUAUAUGUAGUAUCAUCAAUUUACGAUACUAAUUUUCCAUUUUUUUUCAGUUCGCUUUAAGCCGUGACGAGAUUGACGCGUUAAUUGCAACACUACAGCCGGAGCAAAGAGAGCCAGACACAACCAAGUACGACCCGUCCGACCUGGACGACGACGAACUCGAGAAACGUUCAGCCACACUCUUUAGCCUAAACCGAUCCAAACUGAACACCGCCAUUACGCACGCGUUGAUGGCGGACGAGGAGUUCAACUCGGUCCGACCACCAUCCUGGGAGCACGAGACCAAGUUCUGCGACACGGUGGAGCGAAGAACGUUCCACGUGGUGGACAAGAACCGUGCCAGAGACGACGAGUUUCCCCUACUCGACAUUGUGGUACAAUCAAGCAAAGACAAGGAAGCGGUCGUUUCUUCGUCUUCGACUACCAACAGUUGUAACACCACCAGCUCCACUGAUAAAACUGAUAGAUGA